AUGACUGAGCGACUUCACUUUCACUUUUCACUUUCAUGCACUGGAGAAGGAAAUGGCAACCCACUCCAGUGUUCUUGCCUGGAGAAUCCCAGGGACGGGAAGCCUGGUGGGCUGCUGUCUAUGGGGUCGCAGAGUCGGACACGACUGAAGCGACUUAGCAGCAGCAGCAUGUUCUCAGCUUUUUUCCCAUUAGGAAAAGAAAAAGCUGUGUUAAACAGUAUCAACCGUGACUCAGUUGGGAACUGCUUUGCAAGGAUAUAUUGUGCUUUACUUUUGUUUAUGUAUAAGGCUGUUCUGAUUACAGGGCAUUUGAAAUCACUGCUUACAAUUCAAGUAGAGAGCAUAGAAAUUCUCCCAUGUUUGGAUGACCAAAUUCAUAAAAAAUGUGCUUGA